AUGUUCCAGAGUGCCCCGGUGCGGCCUCUGGCCCUAGGCUUUUUUGUGGUCGUCAAUGCUCUCUUGACCUUGUUGUGGUGGCGAGAAGUGCAAGUCGAAAGACACACUCUCCCAGAUCCUUGCAGCUUCUCGCGAGUUCUAAGUCUGUCGCUCCCGCGGUCAGAUUUCGACGUUGAAGAGCUCGCCCCCAAUGAGCAAGAAGGGCAGGAGAACCCCUCUUCCGGGCUUUCUUGGGGGUCUUGCAUCGUCUCAAGGAGUAUCUUGAGACAGAGAUGGCGUUGGAAGCAGCGUUCGGCGACUUCCUCGGCUACAGACACGCUCUUUGGAGCCUGCGGAGCGCCGUCAACACCUCCCGAGGAGCUGCUGCAGUGGACUGUGGCCCUCCGCAUCGUGCCCCUCUGUAUAGAAGCCCAGUCUGCUGCUCGAGACGUCUUCAGAACUCUGGCAUCCAUGGGCGAUGCAGAGAUUCCAACCGCGAAUGGGCCCCCCGCUCACUGCGCCUCAAUGGCUGUGGCCUCUGUGCUGGCAGCCGCAGGCGUAGAGGUACUGCCUUCGGGUUCAGGCAGCUCAAACGCGCUUCUGAACGUUUAUUUGAACGCCGGAUUGGAGCAGACGGAUGCGUGUCCUCCCCUCUCUUCUGCAUCAGAUCUUGAAACAGCGGCUGCAGCCUACGCAGUAGCCGUUGAGCGAGUGUCUGCCGCCUUGCCAGAGACCAAAGUUGAACCUCCCGCGCUCCAGACACUGCGACUCCUCGUGUCUUCCGCCGAAGGGCUAUCUGAAGGCCUGCCUAUUCUCCACAUUGGCUCUGAUUCUUCCCUUGUGUUGCUUGUGCCGCGUACGGGCAACUCAUCCGUGGACGCUGCAACCCAGAAAACUGCAGCCGAGGCAGUUAUCCAAGCCUUAGGGCGUUGGAUUCUUUCCCCUGCAGCUGUGAGCUUUCCGGCCGUGGGGAGCUGGCGAGUUCGCUUGUGGCUGCUUGGCGACGGUGUCUUCACCCCAACGGCCCCUUCCGCCUCCGACAACUCGAGAGCUGCAAAAGGCCAAAGGCUGCUGCAUCCUCCACCGCAAGCCUUCGCCCCCGUCGGCGCUCCAACCCGCGAGGCAGCAGGUCGUUUGGAAUGGGAUGUCUCGAGAAUCCUAAGAACUUCGCUUCGCGGCUUCUUGGAGGCGCUGAGCUCGCUGGUGGACCUCUCCUUCGCUUCGCAGGUGGUCCCUCACAGCGGCCUGCAGGAGCUGGACUGGGCUCGCCUUAGCCAGCUGCUCUCAGGUAGUUCACAGGAAGCUGGGAAGAAGGCAGGCAGAGCAGAGGAAGCCGUGUUAGAGGAGACUCAACGACGGCUUCUCAACAUCCAGGAACAGUGGGAGGCCGACCAGACCCCCUCUCCGUCCUCAAAAAUCGUGAAUCUGGGCAUGUACAAGCCAUCAGGGCAGCUUUUGAGUCUCCCGCCGCAGGAAUUUACGCUUGCUGUGCCCUUUUGGGGGUUUCUGACGUUCGGAGCUCCUGCCAGUCAAACUGGCGAGUUUCAGAAGGACGGAACCAGUGCUGCUGCGUCUCCUCAGCCGCUGGACAGGCAUGAGGCUGCGGCGCUAAGCGCCGCAUGGAUUGCACAGCUGCGCUCUCUGUUGGGCCUGCAACCCGAAAGCUUUCUUACAGACAGACGGCUGCCUGGUGCUGCUGAGGCUGCUGCUUCUUGCGCCAUGCGCUCGGAGGGGCAGCAUGCUGUCUGCGGCAAGCAGUGUGAAGAUCAACGCUGCCAGUGGCGCCUACAGGCCGUGGACGCCUCCAAGGCCGUCUUUGGUCCAGACCAGCUAGCCGGUUCGCGUACUGCAGGCGCUGUGGAAGAAUCUUCUUUAAAGCUGGCUAAGGCACUGCUCGUACAUAGCGGCGCCAGCAGUGACCGUAAGGCUUUCGUGUAUUUACACCCCAGCCCUCGGGGGAUUACGGACUGGGAGCUGGGCGGUCUUGCGGCCGAUAUGCAUUUUGCAAUGAUUAAACAGGCAGCAGAAAAUGUUCGCGCGCUUUACAGCAUCACCUCACUGCACACAGAUAUGCGCAUCCCCGAGCACGUUGGACGAGCUAUCAAGCACGUCCUGGAUCAGCUCGAAUGCAGUGUGGAGGCCUUGCGGCUGCGGCAGUGUGCUGGCUUGCCAGCAGCAGCGUUAGAGCUUUUGCAGCGGAGCAAUGCGGAUACUAUAUGCACCGCCGACAGUGUCUUUGAUGGGUGCACUGGUGCAUCAACAGGCUACCAAUUAGAUGAGGCCACGGCUUACAGACAGCUGGCGCUGCUUCUCGCCCGAUCAGCACUGAGGGAUUCCAGUGAGCUCUUGACCGAUGGCAGUUUGGAGCCUGCACCUUUUUUCUCGUUGCAUUUUAACCUGGCAAUUCACAUGCCCUUGAUGCUCCCCUUCAUUCUGCCCACGGUGGCUUCGAUCAUAAGGGCGACCAAGAGCAUUGUCAAGAGGCGGAAGAUUGUUUGA